AUGCAACUUACCACCAUCCUCCCAAUCGUGCUCGCCGGCCUAGCCAGUGCACGCCCCGCCAGCCUACAGACUAAGACCAUCACCGACGACAUCAUCUGGGGCGUAUCCAACUUCACCAUAGGCUGCUCCCCAGGCGGCUGUGUCUACAGAUACGACAUUGUCGGCCGCGAGAACACAAUGACCCCCAAGUUCCGCACCAACUGCAGCGGCGUCACAGACGAGCGGGUCCUCUGCGACGACAAGAACAUCACGACCAUUGUUUCUCCUGCUGAAAACCCGGUCUGGAAUGUCGAUGUCACUCACACCUGGAAAUCCCAGCUCAGUGACAAUACCCUCGCGACUUGGUACCAGCACGGCGCGAAGAAUGUUACCGUCCCUGACCACAACCCGAUUCAGUUUGUUAUGAAGCCUACUCAGGAGUAUGGCAUUGCAUAA